CUGGGCCAGCCGUGCGGGCCACUGUCCCGGGUCCCGGCCCCGCGCCAUGGAGUGGCGCUGGCCCCUGGGGCUCGGGCUGCUGCUGCUGCUGCUGCUGCUGCUCUGCACCCCGCUGCCCCCGGGGGCGCGCGCCAAGGAAGUCACUCUGAUGGACACAAGCACCGCACAGGGCGAGUUGGGCUGGCUGCUGGAUCCGGAGGAUGGGUGGAGCGGGAUGCAGCAGAUGCUGAAUGGGACACCCCUCUACAUGUACCAAGACUGCGCAGUACAAGGAGGAGGAGACACUGACCACUGGCUUCGUUCCAAUUGGAUCUACCGGGGGGAGGAGGCUUCUCAAGUGUACGUGGAGCUUCAGUUCACCGUGCGGGACUGUAAGAGUUUCCCUGGGGGAGCCGGGCCUCUGGGCUGCAAGGAGACCUUCAACCUUCUGUACAUGGAGAGUGACCAGGACGUGGGCAUUCAGCUCCGACGGCUCAUGUUCCAGAAGGUCACCACGGUGGCUGCAGACGAGAGCUUCACCAUUCGAGACCUUGCGUCAGGCUUGGUGAAAAUGAACACGGAGCGCUGCUCCCUGGGCCUCCUGACCCGCCGCGGCCUCUACCUCGCUUUCCACAACCCGGGGGCCUGUGUGGCCCUGGUGUCCGUAAGGGUGUUCUACCUGCGCUGCCCCGAGGCUGUGCAUGGCUUAGCCCAGUUCCCCGACACUCUCCCUAGACCUAACGGGCUGGUAGAAGUGGCGGGGACCUGCUUGCCCCACGCCCAGGCCAGCCCCUCAGGAGCACCCCGCAUGCACUGCAGCUCUGAAGGCGAGUGGUUGGUACCAGUGGGGAGGUGCCACUGUGAGCCUGGCUAUGAGGAAGGCGGAGAGAGAUGCCAUGCCUGCCCAAGCGGCUCCUACCGGGCAAAUGUGGACUCACCCCAUUGUCUCAAGUGCCCGCAACACAGCAUGGCCGAGUCUGAGGGGGCCACCUUCUGUACCUGUGAGAGUGGCCAUUACCGAGCCCCCGGGGAGGGCCCGCAGGCGGCGUGCACACGUCCCCCCUCAGUCCCUCAAAACCUGAGCUUCUCUGUUUCGGGGACUCAGCUCUCCCUGCAUUGGGCAGCCCCAGCAGAUAUGGGGGGGCGCCAGGAUGUGAGAUACAGCGUGGGGUGUUCUCAGUGUCGGGGAGCAGCGCAAGGUGAAGCCCCCUGCCAGCCCUGUGCGGGAAAUGUGCACUUCUCCCCCGGGGCCAGCGAGCUCACCAUGCCUGCUGUGCGCGUCGAGGGCCUUGAACCCUACGCCAACUACACCUUUCACGUUGAAGCCCACAAUGGAGUGUCAGGGUUGGGCAGUUCCAAGCCCGCCAGCGCCUGGCUCAGCGUCCACAUGGGGCACACAGAGUCACCAUUAGGCCUGUCCCUGAGGCUGGUGAGGAAGGAGCCCAGGCAGCUGGAGCUAACCUGGGCGGGGUCCCGACCCCGAAGCCCUGGCGGGAACCUGACUUAUGAACUACACGUGCUGAACCAGGAUGAAGAAUGGUACCAGAUGGUACUAGAACCCAGGGUCCUGCUGACUGAACUGCAGCCAGACACCACGUACAUCAUCAGGGUCCGAAUGUUGACCCCGCUGGGCCCCGGCCCAUUCUCCCCUGACCAUGAGUUUCGGACCAGCCCACCAGUUUCCAGGGGCCUGACUGGAGGCGAGAUCGUGGCCAUCAUCUUCGGGAUGCUGCUGGGCGUGGGGCUGCUGCUCGGGAUCUUUGUCUUCCGUUCCAGGAAACGUCGACAGCGACAGCAGCAGAGGCAGCUUGAUCGUGUCACCAAUGUGAACAGAGGGGACAAGCAGAGGCUGAAGCCUUACGUGGACCUCCUGGCGGAACCCGUGGUGGACGAGGACACUGCCCUGGGGGCCCUGGACUUCACCCAAGAGCUGGAUCCAGCCUGGCUGAUUGUGGACACUGUCAUAGGGGAAGGAGAGUUUGGGGAAGUGUAUCAAGGGACCCUGAGAAUCCCCAGCCAGGACUGCAAGACUGUGGCCAUUAAGACCUUGAAGGACACGUCUCCAGAUGGCCAGUGGUGGAACUUCUUUCGAGAGGCAACAAUCAUGGGCCAGUUUAACCACCCGCACAUUCUGCACCUCGAAGGCGUUGUGACAAAGAGAAAACCCAUCAUGAUCAUCACGGAGUUUAUGGAGAACGGAGCCCUGGAUGCCUUCCUGAGGGAGCGGGAGGACCAGCUGGUCCCUGCGCAGUUGGUGGCCAUGCUGCUGGGCAUUGCAUCUGGUAUGACCUACCUCAGUGACCACAGUUAUGUCCACCGGGACCUGGCAGCCAGGAACAUCUUAGUGAGUCAGAACUUGUGCUGCAAGGUGUCUGACUUUGGCCUUACCCGUCUCCUGAACAACAAGGAUGGUACCUACGAAACUCAGGGAGGAAAGAUCCCCAUCCGUUGGACAGCACCUGAAGCCAUUGCCGAUCGGACCUUCUCCACGGCCAGUGACGUGUGGAGCUUUGGGAUUGUGAUGUGGGAGGUGCUGAGCUUUGGGGACAAGCCCUAUGGGGAGAUGAGCAAUCAGGAGGUAAUGAAGAGCAUCGAGGAUGGGUACCGGCUGCCCCCUCCUGUGGAUUGCCCUGCUGCUCUCUAUGAACUAAUGAAGAACUGCUGGGCCUACAACCGUGACCAUCGGCCCCACUUCCACCAGCUAAAGACACAGUUGGAGCGAUUGCUGAACACUCCUCACACCCUGCGGACCAUGGCCAACUUUGAUCCCAAGGUAACCCUUCGCCUGCCCAGCUUGAGCGGCUCAGACGGGAUCCCCUAUCGAAGCGUCCCUGAGUGGCUGGAGUCCAUUCGCAUGAAACGCUACAUUCUGAACUUCCGCUCAGCUGGGCUGGACACCAUGGAGUGUGUACUGGACCUGACGGCCGAGGACCUGGUGCAGAUGGGGAUCACGCUGCCAGGACACCAGAAGCGCAUUCUUUGCAGUAUUCAGGGAUUCAAGGACUGAGCCCUCCCCUCCCCCAUCCUGUCCUCAGGAACACAAGAGUCAACUGCUAAGAAUUCUGGAAAACAAGGUUUUUUAUUUGUAGCUGUAGCCACAACCUGGCAGCAUGGGGGCAGGCAUCCAGUACAAGGAUGGGCAGUGGAUAGAGCUGCACCCAUCCCAAUAAAGAAUAUGGGGCCAUUCCCACAUGUCUCAA